UCCAAAAUAACCGAAACCGAAUACAACCGAACCGAAACCGAAUGGUUAACCGAAUGUCCAGGCCUAUUCAUAAGAUUUCAAAGAAGGUUUCACUCGCCACUGAUUUUGCGUACAAUUGCUUUUCAAGAGUUGUUAAAGCUAGUGUUGGGUAUGACUGGAAUAAUAAACAGUCUCGUGUCCAGGGAAAGAUUGAUUCUAACGGUGUUGUAUCUGCACUUUUUGGAAAGGAAUUAUAUAUGGGACUCGAUUGUCUGCUAUCUGCAUAUUUGAAUCAUAAGAACAACGAUUUCAAGCUUGGUUUGAGCUUAACUUAUGGUUAGGAACUCGAACAAUCUUCAGCCUUGAUUCCUCGUGUAGACAAUACAACCCCUAAGCAUAUCUUGUUCCUUGUUGGCCAAUCCAAGUGAAGUC